AUGGUAGGGGUGGACAAGGUAUUAUCCACGGGGGGGAUGCACACCAAAGAUAUUUUGACCGGAGAAAUUAUGAACGAAUAUAUUAUGACCGGGGAGGUGCUCCGCAAAAUGAACUUCUUCAGCGAAGACUUCAACCUGGCUAGCGUCCUGGAGGAACUGAAAAGACACUACAACGAGAGGAAACACCUGCUGAGCGAAGUGAACUACGAUGUGCUCUCCACACACAAAAGGAGGGAAGACCUCAACAAGUAUGAAACAAAUCUGCUUCACAAACAGACCCAAAUUAUUUUACACAUGAGGAACAAUUACCAAAGGCUCAAUAAUGUGAGCUAUGUCAAGUAUCAUUUACCUUACUGUGUUCAGCCAAAAACGAAUAACACAGAUAUGUGUGCAUCUAAAAAUGGACUUCAAAAAAAUGCCAAGAAGAAAAAUAUUUUACGGGAACUUAAUCUGCGAAAGAAAAUCGCCCAGUACAAGGUAGACCACUUUGUCAGGAAGUACACCGGAAAAAUCAAGGGGAGUAACAUAAUGCACACGCAGAUGGCACAGCUAUAUGAGGAAAAAUCUACAAUUGAAAUUUUUGUAAAAAGUAACAGCGGUGACAGAAACAACUUUGACCUUAUCGUGGGGCACAUUGUCUUUUUCGAUUACCGAGCAAACGUGUUGCUUGAGAAUGUAGUGCAAUUUACAGCGUCAGGCGAACGGAGACACCUCCCGUGGAUGUUUAUUCAGUUAAAGCGAAAACGCAAAAACGUCAGGCAGCAUUUUAUUUUUACGAAAAGCUACCCAGAUAGGGCGUUAAAGAUUUCCCUCUUCCGAUCCGUUAGAGAUGUGUAA